AUGCAGCAGCAGAAGCCGGGAGCACAAAUCAUGUGUGCCGUGCGAUCGAGCGCCAUUGUGCUGCCCAAGGAGCCGGAGAAACCUGUCAUCAUGGCGGGCAUGGGCACGGGAUUGGCCCCGUGGCGCGCUGUCACGCAGGAGCGAGUGAUGCAAGCCAGGCAGGGGCUCAAGGUCGGCAAGUGCAUGCUCUUCUUUGGGGCCCGGUACAAGCAGGAGUGGCUCUACAGAGAGGAGUUUGAGAGCUACGAGAAGGAGGGUGUCCUACAAAUGCACACGGCCUUCUCGCGAGAGCAGGCACGCAAGAUCUACGUGCAGCACAGAAUAGUGGAG